CGCGCGGUCACGGAUGCAGAACGAGGUCAUAGCAGACUGAAGCCAGCUGCCCGUCAAGAUGACUGACGGAGCCAGUGAGCCCCUCAUGCGGGAAUACAUGACCGGCCAAACAGCAGCGCGAUCACAGCUUCAACCAGCGAGCGUUGCCAUGCACGAAGCAUCCAGCCAGCAGACUCUCUUUGAGCCGUACCAUGACGAAGAGGACGAAAGGUCCAUCAAAAAGAGCUUGGACGACGACGAUCACGAAGGCUGGUCAUUCUCGACAUCCUCCUCGCUCACUGCUGGCGGCAGCAGUACUGGCUUGCAGACUCGAGAGCAAUCUUACCUUGGGCCCGGCGAUUCAAAGCUGUUGCCGCACUACUCUCGGCCAACGCUGCAAGACUAUUCUGGCGGGCAUGAGAGAUCGCAGUCUGCACAAAGUGCUGCAGCUCGUCUAAGCGGACGAUCAGCAUCCAAAAGCUGCUUCACUCGAUGCCGGCUUGUGCUAUUGAUAGUACUCGGCAUGUCUGGCUUUGUGCUGCUCGUCUCGUUCCAUCCACCUACGCACACAAAGGCCAAGGAGAUGAUGCAGGCACUGCAAAACAGUGCGUGGUCCACAUCGGAUGAGCUCUCCGUCGAACCGCCGCAGAGGUCAACGCCAGCGAUAGCUGAAGAUGAGGUGUCCUCGAGAACCGCAAUUCAGACUCUGUCGAGCGAACCGGUCGCGCCAUCAGAUGUACUCAUUGUCACUAACCAUCCGAUUGCUACUUCGACGGCAGGUCCGCUCAGCAGCCAGCUCGCGUCCAAUCUUGCGACCGAAGCGAGUUUCAAGGUCAUAAAUUCGCCCAGUGCAUCGACCAGCUCGCUGGCACCUUUGCCGACCGAGAUACAUCCUGUACGGACGCAGCCAUCGCCGUUGAGGAUGCCUUCUGGCAAUCCGGAAGAGAAAUUCUUGGGCUAUCUGCCUCACUCUGGCUUUCAUAAUCAGCGUAUAGAGCUCAGAAACGCGAUGUCCUUGGCAGCAAUGCUCAAUAGAACACUCCUCGUGCCUCCCAUAUGGAUCGGUUGGCCCCCGUAUACGCAGAAUUAUCUUCAAUUGCAAGAGACAUGGGAUAGACAAUACACGCUGCACGCAGACGCAUUCGCACCUUUCUCAAACGCAUCCCGACUAGCGAAACGGCAGACUUCACAUCAUUUGACCGCGGAGGAAUGCAAAUCAUACGCCAAAGAAUGCAAGUCGACAUACAAGAAUACGUUCAUCUCUUGGGACUUUCUCGCAGAUCUGUACAAGGCCGAAAGGGAUAUCCGGCUCGUCGACCGCUUCGAUGUCCGGCUUGAGCAUCUCUUCGAGCUCACAAACACUACACAAGCCGAUGUAUUCCAACUGACUGAUACUGGACGAGGCGGCUAUUGGAAUUUAUUCAUUGAAGAUGAUCCACCCGCUUUGGACCCCGAUGGCAAGCCCUUCCCGAUGUUCCACAGAUUGUCGCCAGAGGAAAGCAAGUACCAUACGCGUGUCUCCGUGCCGCUACUACGACAACAGCCAGAGAAGCUUAUGCUCAUGGGCUCGAUCUUUGGUGAUAGCCGAAUCAAAUAUACGAGUACUCGACACAAAGAGCUUCAGCAUGAGUUUGGUCAAAGCCUCGCCUUUGACACUGAACUGCUCAACAGACCUGCUAACAAGCUGCGCGACAUGAUGGGCGGAUCUGACAACUACAUAGGCGUGCAUGCUCGAGUAGGCGAUGGCUUCUUCCAAGAGCAAGCGACAGAAAACAUGCAAACGCUCUUUGAGCACGUGCUGGCGACUCUCCAAGUACCCACGCGGCAAUGGCGAAGGCUCACUCGCAUGGGACCUGCUCGCAUGCGUCAACGCACUUCAAGUAGAGGUAUUCACAGCCCAAGAGCUGCAUCUCGGGCUCACAAGCUCCUGAGACGUGCUCAUGCGCACAGAGAGCUCGUCCCUUCAUCUGACAUGGACGAAGACGACUACUAUGACGCCGCUACCGUCGAACGAAGGCAGGUGUCAUCGACUGUCAGGCCAUUGCCAGUGAUCAAGAGCGCUGGGGACUUGCCCCUUGAUCCCGCUCUCGUUUGCCGGGGCGCACUGUACACGGAACCGGAUCUUCUGCCACUUAACACGCCCGUCUAUUUGGCAACAGAUGCUCCCCAUCCGGAAGACCAUCCUGCACUAUCGGUCUUCUUUGCCGUCUUUCCAUGCACGUUCAUUUUGAGCGACUUCGACCGUGCUUCACCACACAACACCGGCCCAAUCAUCAAUAGCCUAAUCUACUUGGAAAAGUCCGUCAAUGCAGGCGACCAUAUCGGUCUUGGCAGGCUGCUUAUCCCUUUUUUGGAAGCCAUGGUCGCUGCUAAGGGUGCCUUUACUGUCGGUACGACCGGCAGCACUUUCAGCGGCUUUGCAACUGGCGAGCUUAGACGCGUCUACCGCCAACAGUGGGACGCUCAGCAUGCAUAGUACGCACGCACGCACACACGAACGCAUGGCACACAGCAUCUACCUGCACAAUGUUGUAACACCAAUCACUGAUCAUGAGUUACAAAUUGCCA